AUGAUGACUACCACAGAACCUGGAAAAGAAUUUCAAGCGAUAAGCGAUGCGUCAGCUUCAUUGGAGAGCAAAGCUGUGGUUGAUAGAAAAUUCCCUGAUCUCUACAAGACAUUCACAGAGCAUCCCAAGUACUGCAAAAACGCUUCUGAUGACUAUAGAAAUGUUAUUUUCAAGAAGGCCGUUACAACAAGCACAUCUGUCUUGUCAGAAAUUCAACAGUUUGAUCAAAAGAGCCCUUGUGGAUUCGCUCCUCUCAUCAACAGAGCUUACUUUGUCAUCAAGAACCGUCUUUGUCUAUUGGAUUAUGCCAACAGUCAAGACAUUUCACAUCACGAAGAGGAUGAUGAUAUCGUGGGCGUAGGAUUUGUUGCGCCCAAGCCUGGCAUCUUUUUGGAUAGUGUCAAGCAAUUGCUGGUCAUUGCAACCACCACAAUGAUCAAAGUCUUUGGUAUCGCUGAUGGCCCCGAUGGCUUGCAGUUUGUAAAUUCAUACAUGACCACAUUGACCAACCGUGUCUGUAUGCGUCAGAUCGUCGGUACGAGUCAGGGCCGUAUUUUCAUGCUGGGAAAUGAUGACAAUGUGUGGGAAUUGGACUACAAGGCAAAGGAAACUUGGUUUUCUAGCAAAUGUUCCAAGAAAUUACAAACCUCUAGCAGCUCACUCAACUUUUUGUUUGGCAAGUCAAGAGACCCCAUUGUACAACUUGCAGUCAAUGAGAGCGGCACCGUCUUAUACCAACUGACCCAAAGCUCAAGCAUCCAUGUCGUGUAUCUGGGCACAGACGGCUUCACCUACAACACAGCCUACAGGAAGCACGACUGCAUUGCCGAUGCAAAGAUAUCGCAGCCCUCUUCCAAGCAAUUCACACCCGAAACACGCAUCGUCUCCAUCCAUACCACCACAAAAGCCGAGUCUCUUUCUUACCACUUGGUUGCCAUCACCUCCAAUGGAUCCAGAAUCUACUACAACAACCAAAAGAACGCUCAACAGAUGAAUUACGAUGCAGAGCCCACUGGACUGAUCACAGUGCAUGUGAGAACACCUGACGACAGCGUAGCACCUACUGAUGCCGUGAGCCAUUGUCUCUACAGAAACGGCCUCACAUUGUUUGUCAAAAAUCCAGAUGCCAACCCUACGCAAUCACAGAUUGUCGCUUACUCACCUAAUCUGGCCAACUUGGGCAAUCUCAUUUUAGCCACUUCCACCGCCCAAUUGAUUGAAGACGGCACUACGAUUGAUAUUCACGGCAAAGUUCUCUCUAUCGUUGAAGCACCCACUGGAUCUGACGACAUCAACGAGUUCAAAUACGCAUACCACACACCAUCUCGCCACUUUUUAGUGCUGACAACAUCUGGUGUUACAAUCUUGGCCAAGCAAAGACCUGUUGACAUGUUGCAUAACCUCUUGUUAAAAACAACCCCUGACACGCGCUUCCGUUUGCGCGAGUUCGAGCCCUUCUUUAGCCAGUUUGGCUACCUCAACGCAUGCUCGCUCUGCUUCAACUUGAUCUGCUCAGCCAAUUUACCCACCCCUGACUCUCUGUACAGCAACAGUGCCAUCAGCUCUCCAGUGCAGGAUGCUGCCUUGGAACUGCUCAAAAAGUAUGGCCAAGUGACAUCGGCAUUGACGGAUUUCAACAAUCGCUCCUACUCUAGCAUUCACGACGGCCUGGCCUUGUUUGUCUAUCGCAGCGUUCAAGGCAUUUGGGGCAAGCACUUGAUCAAGGCGACAACCACGCCCGCCAAUACCUUUUACACAAACAGCAUUGCAAAGCAAGAGCUCUGCAACAUCAGAAACACCCUGUCCAGCAUCAAAAACGUCAUUGAUCAAAAACAGGGAUUGUUCCAUUUUGCAGCGGAUUCACCCGAGACGGCAUCCUACAACCACCUGCUGACGUUUAUUGACUACCUCAAAGAAUCCAUGUCGUUCUUUAUCUACCUGAUUGAUACCGACCUGAACGCCAUCAUCAAAACCAUCAGCAAACCUGCUUCUCAAGCUCGUCUUUUGGAAAAUGACAUCAAUACACUGCUCACUACACCAGAAGGCAUGUCUACCGUCACCAGUGAUUUGACAGCUGCCUUGAUUGAUUAUACCACAAAACGAUAUGAUGGCAACAUUGACUAUGUGAUUGAUAUGCUUACAAGCCAAUGCGGUUCCUUCUGUCGCGCCGAUGAUGUCUUGAUCUUCAAUGCUGCUAAACAGAUCGCUUCUGCAAAAACUGCCAAUGCAGAACAGGCCAGAAAAAUUUUGGCUAAUACCAUCACUACAUUGUCCAGUAUCGCCUCCAAUAUUUCACACAGUAAGGCCGUUGAAUUUGCGUCUCAAUACGCAGAAUUGGGCUAUCAUGAAUAUGGUAUUUGUCUUGCUCUAGACUGUGCACAAGCGAGAGAUCCCCUCAAUGAUGCCACUGCCUACUUGGACGCUGGCUGCCCUGCUGGUGAUGCUCGUCAGGGUAUCUUUACUAAAAAGAAGCCCUUUUAUGACAUUGCUAUUGAAAUCCUCAAGAAGGUCUUCCUGAAUCCAUCUCAGCCCGCUGACUACCGUAAAAAGAUCAUGCUCAUAGCUUUUGAUCCCGCGCGAAAUGACAAGGCCUUCCAGUUCUACGCAUACGAUGCAUUCCUGAGGGAAAACAUUGUCUCUGUGCUUAUAGAAGAAAAUGCACCCAAUUUAGAGCAAUAUCUUAAGCAUCCUGUUGAAUACAAGCGUCUCCAAUUGCUUGCUGCGUACUAUAGAUACAACAAGCGCUAUGAUGCUGCUGCUCAAGUGUUUGCCGCAUUAUCUCAGUUACCAAGCAUUUCCUCAGAGGAGCGAUUAGAUUACCUUACAGCGGCUGAAACGUGUGCUCGAUCUGUCACUUCACCCACCAAAUUGCUCGAGAUGCGCUAUUUGAUGGACGACAUCAAUACAAGUAGGGAACUCGUAGAAACACAACUCAGAACAACAGUGCAAUAG